UGUAUUUAUGAUCGAUCUAACUUCCUUCUUCCUCUCCUUGUUCGAGGAGACACAGAGUAGAGAACAGAGGAGAAAACCAAGGAACCGUCUCCUAAAGACUCUCUCUUUCUCUCUCUCUGUGAUUCAUCCAUCAAACACCAUAACCGCAACUCUCUCUGUAUCACACAUUUGUUUCCACAUCAUGUUCUCCACUAGUAGAUGCACCUUCCUGUGCAACUCAGGCAUAGGUGGUUGGUCUUCUUGCAGCAGCUUCUCUGGAGUGCAGAGGAAGCAGCAUCGGGGUCCUUCGAGAGUAGCGUGUUCAGCUCUAAGCACAGGUGAAAGACACGGAAGCAUUUUGAUGGAGAUAUCGUCGGAUGAGACAAGUAACGGUUCUGUGGUGGCCGACGUUGACGAUAAUGCCAUCUCUGGUGGUGGCGUUCAGGACGUGUACGGUGAGGAUAGGGCCACUGAGGAUCAAUUUGUAACUCCUUGGAGUGUCUCUAUUGCUAGUGGUUAUACUUUGUUGAGAGAUCCACACUUCAACAAAGGACUGGCCUUCACUGAAAAAGAGAGGGAUGCUCACUAUUUGCGUGGCCUUCUUCCCCCAACUGUUUUUUCUCAAGAAACUCAGGUGAAGAAAAUGAUCCAACAAAUACGCCUGUAUCAAGUUCCAUUGCAGAAGUACAUGGCAAUGAUGGAUCUUCAGGAGAGAAAUGAAAGACUGUUUUACAAGCUUCUAAUUGACCAUGUUGAGGAGUUACUCCCAGUUGUCUAUACUCCAACUGUUGGUGAAGCUUGCCAGAAAUAUGGGAGCAUCUUCAUGAAUCCUCAGGGUCUUUAUAUAAGUUUGAAAGAGAAAGGGAGGAUUCUUGAAGUGCUCAGGAAUUGGCCUGAGAAGAACAUUCAAGUUAUUGUUGUAACUGAUGGAGAGCGGAUCCUGGGUCUUGGGGAUCUUGGCUGUCAAGGUAUGGGAAUACCAGUAGGGAAACUUUCUUUAUAUACAGCUCUUGGUGGAGUUCGCCCUUCUUCUUGCUUGCCUAUUACCAUUGAUGUCGGUACAAACAACGAGAAGCUAUUGAAUGACGAAUUAUAUAUAGGGCUCAAGCAUAGACGAGCAACUGGGCAGGAAUAUGCUGAACUUCUUCAUGAAUUUAUGACCGCAGUCAAGCAAAAUUAUGGAGAAAAAAUCCUUGUUCAGUUUGAAGAUUUUGCGAACCACAAUGCUUUUGAUCUGCUUGAAAAGUACAGGUCAACUCAUCUUGUUUUCAAUGAUGAUAUUCAGGGAACCGCUUCAGUGGUCCUUGCAGGACUAGUUGCAGCUCUGAAAUUGGUUGGGGGAAGCUUGCCUGACCAUAGGUUCUUAUUCCUUGGUGCUGGAGAGGCUGGCACUGGAAUAGCAGAACUCAUAGCACUUGAAGUAUCAAAACAGACAAAUGCCCCCCUGGAUGAAGUGCGCAAGAACAUUUGGUUGGUGGACUCAAAGGGUUUAAUUGUCAGUUCCCGAAAAGAAUCCCUCCAACAUUUUAAGAAGCCCUGGGCUCAUGAACAUGAACCUGUUAAGGAACUUGCCGAUGCUAUUAAUCAAAUUAAGCCAACAGUGUUGAUUGGAACAUCAGGACAAGGGAGAACUUUUACUCAACAAGUGAUUGAGGCUAUGGCCUCCAUUAAUGAGAAACCGAUUAUUCUUUCUCUUUCCAACCCGACGUCACAGUCAGAAUGUACUGCUGAAGAAGCUUAUACAUGGAGCGAGGGACGUGCGAUUUUUGCUAGCGGCAGUCCAUUUGCCCCAGUUGAAUAUGAUGGAAAAGUUUUUGUGCCUGGCCAGGCCAACAAUGCAUACAUUUUUCCUGGAUUUGGUCUCGGGCUAAUAAUGUCCCGGACCAUCCGAGUGCAUGACGACCUGCUUCUGGCAGCUUCUGAAGCUUUGGGUUCACAAGUGACCCAAGAGGACUAUGACAGGGGACUCAUAUACCCACCAUUCACUAAUAUCAGAAAAAUUUCAGCACACAUAGCUGCCAAAGUAGCUGCUAAGGCCUAUGAGCUUGGCUUGGCCACUCGCCUUCCUCAACCGAAAGAUUUGGUGAAAUUUGCUGAGAGCUGUAUGUAUACCCCAGCUUAUAGAAACUACCGGUGAAUUGACAAUAGUUCCCUUUUCAAUUUUUGGGAUUUUAUCAUGAAAAUCUCCUUAUUUUAUUUUAUUUAUCCCUUUUCUGCUCUUGUAAGUUAUGCUAUUUGGUGGGAUAGAUGUUAGGUGGAUGAUAGUAGAGGUAGAUUGACUAUAGGAUAGCUUGAAAUAUUUUCUAUUCUGCUAUAAAUUUAUGUGACAGCAAUAAGACUUAGAAAAUGAAGCAUUUGGAAGCAUCCGCAAGCAAAAUUUAUGGUUCUACGUUUAUACAAAAAAUUGCACAGCAUGCAUUAUGUAUGCAUCACUCAUUAUGCAUGCACCUUGCAUGCAAAAUUUCUCCCACAAGAAAUUAAUGUACUCUGCAAAGUCUGUGAUACUACUAUUUA